AUGCCAAUGUUACCACCCAAAAAAACCCUCGGCGUAAUCAUCACCGUCACCAUCUUACUCUUAUUGGGCCCAGGCCCAAUACUCGCUCGCAACGCUCACGUCAUCAAUUUCCGUUCACCCAACCUCUACCCGGAGUCCUUCGCUUGGGACCCACAGGCCCAGCACUUCCUCGUCGGAUCCCUCCGCCAACGCAUCAUCGCCGCCGUCUCCGACGCCGGCGUCGUCGAAACCUUCAUCUCCGACUCAGACCUCCCCGCCGGCGCCUCCUUCCUUGGCCUGGCCGUCGACUCCCCGCGCAACCGCCUCCUCGCCGUUGUCCACACCUACAAUACCCUCCCCCACUUCAACGCCCUCGCCGCCUACGACCUCCGCUCCCGCCGCCGCAUCUUCCUCUCUUCCCUCCCCUCCGACGACAUCGACGCCGCCAACGACGUCGCCGUCGACCACCGCGGCAACGCCUUUGUCACCAACUCCGCCGGAAACUUCAUCUGGAAGGUCACCACCGACGGAUCAGCCACAGUGUUCUCCAGAUCUCCGUUGUACACGGCGGCGACAAACAAUCCGGUGGACGGCGCCCUAGGUCUAAACGGAAUCGCUUACGUGAGCAAGGGUUACCUGCUAGUGGUGCAAUCGAGCACGGGGAAGGUGUUCAAGGUGGAUGCGGUGGACGGCACGGCGAGGUACGUGUUGCUGAACGAAGAUCUCGUCGGCGCCGACGACAUCGCGGUGAGGAAUGACGGGUCAGCGGCGAUGGUGUCGCCGAUAAAGGAGAUGUGGUUGCUGAAGAGCAUGGAUAGCUGGGCUGAGGGAGUGGUGUAUGACAAGUUGGAGAUCGACGUGCGGCGGUUUCCAACGGCGGUGGUGGUGGGAGCAAAGGAAAGGGUUUAUGUGUUGUAUGGGCAUUUUGAUGAAGGGAAAACGGGUGAUUCGGGGAGACACAGUUUUGGGAUUGCUGAGAUGACAUCCAAAAGAGAGGCCGAAGAUGAAAGUGUUUGGAUCUUUCUUCUCAUUGGUCUUGGCUUUGCUUAUUUCUUGUUUUGGAGGUUUCAAAUGGGUCAGCUUGUCAAGAAAAUGGACCACAAGAUCAAUUGA